AUGGCUUCUGCAACUCCCACACUCCCUUUCGCCUUCGCCCAGCGGCAUCAUCACGGUGUUUCUCAGCGUCGAGUUCUCUUCUUCGCUAAAUUCCGUAACGGAGUCUCCCUCUCUUCUUCUUCGGCUUCGAAACGGAGGGUGUUGGCCAAAACGCAGAAUGUUGUAAACGAGGAAGUGAUUGAAACUCAGAGCUCGGAGUUGAAGAAUGAUAUCCAACGCACCCGUUCUUCCUCCAAAUUGGUGCUUGUUGUUGGUGGCUCCGGAGGCGUUGGGCAGUUGGUAGUUGCAUCGCUGCUUCAGCAGAAUGUUAAGUCGCGCUUGAUACUUCGGAAUCCUGAGAAAGCCACAGAAUUAUUUGGUGAACAAGAUAAGGAGAAACUGCAGGUAUUCAAAGGUGACACAAGGAGGCAGGAAGAUUUGGAUCCUUCCAUAUUUGAGGGUGUCACACACGUGAUUUGCUGCACAGGAACAACAGCUUUUCCUUCAAGGCGUUGGGAUGAUGAUAAUACACCAGAAAGGGUUGACUGGGUGGGAGUAAAGAAUCUGGUAUCUGCAUUGCCUUCCUCAGUGAAGAGAGUUGUUCUUGUGUCAUCAAUAGGUGUGACCAAAUUCAAUGAAUUGCCAUGGAGCAUUAUGAACCUAUUUGGUGUCCUGAAGUAUAAGAAGAUGGGGGAGGAUUUUCUUAGGAGCUCUGGCCUUCCAUUUACCAUUAUCAGAGCUGGAAGGUUGACAGAUGGACCAUACACAUCUUAUGAUCUCAAUACUUUGCUCAAAGCAACAGCUGGACAACGACGAGCAGUCCUUGUAGGUCAAGGUGAUAAACUAGUGGGAGAAGCUAGCAGAAUUGUGGUUGCAGAAGCUUGCGUGCAGGCACUAGAUCUCGAUGUCACUGAAAACCAAAUAUAUGAAGUUAACUCUGUUGAGGGGGAAGGUCCUGGAAAUGAAGCUAAGAAGUGGCAAGAAUUAUUUGAGGCUGCGCAAUCCAGCUAG